CGAAUAUUUAUAUAUAAAAACUUUAAUAGAUUGGAGAAUAUAAAUUUCAAUCAAUGUUUGGAAAGUUGGAGAAUAUCGUUAAGAAGUCAUUGGAAAGAUGUUCGAUAUUGCUCUGAAGUUUGACGAUAUAUUUCAUUGGCGAACUUUCGUACUGUAAUAUAUUGCCACUAUAAGGAGCAAUUUCACGCAACCUUUAAUCGUUACCAAUAAGACUGAAAAACGAAAUAAAUCAAUUUGUAAAGUGAAUUUGGAUACGUUCCCAGUUUUUCCCCAUUAGAAUUGCAAAAUAUUAAAGAUCACGACGUAACUAAAUUAUUCUCGUGUUUAUUUAAUAUUGUACUUUAAAAAAUGUCUAUGGUCUCAUUGUUUCGUUGUAAAUGUGUAAUAGUGGGUUAUUUAUGAAUGUUGCUUCAGGUAUAACAUAGUAAUGCAAUAUUGAAAAAUCAUAUUUUAUUAAAACAAAAUGUCAGAGAACAAUUUGCCGCACAUUUCAUAUGGACUUGAUUCACCUGGUAGGAUAGUACAUCUAGAAUCUAGUAUUGCAAGGUCUAAUAUCAGUCGUCUUCCAAGUAUAGAAGAAACAUUAAGAAGACUUGGCACAAAUCUGAGGGCAGAAAGACAAAUUAAUGAAUCAAAUAAUGAAAUACCUGAUGCUCAAUCUCCAGCAAUUGUAUCUGAUGAGGAACCGUUACCUAUUGUAUUAUCAGAAUCUGCAAACAAUGCUCAACCAAAUGAUGUGAUUGAUGGGCCAUCUUCUCCAAACCAAUCAGAAAUUAAUGCACCAGUAGUAAACACAGAAGAUGAUAAAAGAUAUUGUUGGGUAUGCUUUGCAACGGAUGAAGAUGAUACAACUGCUUCAUGGGUAAAACCAUGUCAUUGUCGUGGCACAACUAAAUGGGUACAUCAAGGAUGUAUACAGAGAUGGGUUGAUGAAAAACAAAAAGGACGUGCAGGUGCACAUGUAGCAUGUCCACAGUGUAAUACAGAAUACAUUAUUGUAUACCCAAAUAUGGGGCCAUUAGUAAUCGUAUUGGACACUAUCGAUGGUGUAAUUUUCCGAAUUUGCCCAUUUAUUGCAGCUAGUAUAGUUGCUGCAUCUAUAUAUUGGACAGCUGUAACAUAUGGAGCAGUAACUGUAAUGCAAGUAGUUGGUCACAAGGAUGGUCUAGCUAUGAUGGAACAAGCUGAUCCUUUGGUAUUAUUAGUUGGUUUGCCAACUAUACCAAUAAUGUUAGUUUUGGGAAAAAUGCUGAGAUGGGAAGAUCAAGCACUUAGUCUUUUAAGGCGACAUGCAUGUAAAGUUCCUAUUUUGAGGCAUUUCUUACCUAGUAGUCAUUCAAGUGAUGAUAGAUCACACUCUGAAGAUGUACCACCUAUGAGUGAUCCAGUAUCAGCAACUCGUAUCCUUUGUGGUGCACUUUUAUUACCUAGUAUUGCUAGCAUAUGUGGCAAAAUAUUUUUUGAAAGUAUACAUUCUAAUUUUCAUAGGACAUUGCUUGGAGGUAUAGCAUUCAUAACAAUAAAAGGUGCAUUCAAGAUUUAUCAUAAACAACAACAAUAUGUAAGACAAUGUCAACGUCGUAUAAUGGAUUAUACAGAAAAUAAUGUUGCACUAUAUAGAAGACAACAAAAUUCUGAAACCAAUCAGACCAGCUAAAUAAACAUAUGCAAGAGAUUCUUGAAGAUAUUACAUUUCAGUUCAAAAAAACUAAACUUUAUAGUGUACUUUUAUGUAAUAAGUUUGUGGGUAUUUUAAUCAGGUCUAACAAAUACAUAAGUUAUAUAGCUACAUCCCCAGUGCGUGCACACAUACAUACAUACAAACAUACAAAAAUAAUCAUAUACAUAAAUAUAAUUAACGAAUUAUUAUCUGUCUGAGAAAGAACAAUUUAAUUGAAA